GUGGUUAAAUCCUUCCCUGGGCUGGCAGUAGCCCAUGCCAAUGUCCCUCCACUAGGGGGAAGCAAGCGUGUUACACAGGAGAGACUCACCUGGGACACAGCAGAGCAGGGCAGAGAAGCCCAGAGCCAAGAGCUUGUUCAUCUUUAGCUUCGUCGCAGUAAAGCUGCAGUCGUGUGGGGAUGGACCCUGAUUGGCUGCUGCCCGGCCUCCACCAGUGGUAAUAUAACUCCGACUGGUGUUUUGAGGUGUGCCGUACUCCGCACACUGCCCUGCACCCCUGCCUGGGCUCUCACUCGCCCAGCACACCGUGCUGCUUCCGCCUCUGCUUGAAGGAGAGAAAACGAAGGAUGAACAAGAUGCUGAUUCCUGUUUUCACAACCCUGCUGUACUUCGCAAUGGCGGGCGCCCUCCUGUGCCAUGUGUGUGUCAGACGGCAGCCGAACAAGACGUGUCUUGCAGGGAAAAGCAUGUGCAAGGCAGGUCCGGGGGAAUCCUGCUACCUCCAGACACUCGUCCUCGGGAACUUCCCCCUCUAUUCACAGCAGGGCUGCUUCAGAGAUUGCCAGGACCAAGUCGGAGGCACAUUCAUCCAUCACGUCUUCCACUGCUGCACUGAAGACUUCUGCAACGCCUAGGGGCCAUGGACACCACCUCACUUCCCACUCACUUGGGGGGCAGCUGCACUUGUGGAAGACAUCCACGUUCUUCUCUCCUGGUUUCUUUCCUGGCUUCCCCAGUCUGAUUAAAAACCCAUCUGAAUCCAAGACCUGCUGUGGCCCGUGCCUGCUGUCUCCUGUCCUCUGACCCCCCCACUCCCAUGGCCCCCUCCCCUUUGACCCGUCUCCUGCCUGUCCCUCCUCCCCCGUGUCUUGCUGGCCCAGGCCCAGCACUAUGACUCCCUUGGAUCUUGGAUUUGCUUUGGUGCCGUGGGUUAAGGUGACCCCCUCAGCUGUUGUUCAGAGCCCAUGCCCCCCUGAGAGCAUUAAGGGACCCUCUAGGG